AUGACCGAGACACUGAUAACCGAUGAAGUUCGUGCCUUGGUCGGCACAGAGACCGAAUCCGAGCGGAACCGGUUCCCCAUCAGCGAGGAAAUGGCUUUCGACGUGGCCGAUGCCAUUGAGGAUGCCAAUCCGUUGUACCAGGACGCCGUGCACGCCAGCAAGUCUCGGUUUGCCGGAAUCCUGUGUCCUCCUCUGGCAACAUGGAAGGAUAUCGGUCCCCCAAUCGGUUACUUUGGGGCGGGCCAGGAAUCCCAUUUUCAGGUUCCGCUGCCGUUCAACAGUUACGGCCUUAACGGGGGCAGCGACUGGCAGUUUCUCAGGCCCGCUUAUGCCGGCAACUGGAUUACUCGACAAUUCAAGAUCCUGGAUAUAUUCGAGAAACAAGGUCGGUCUGGUUUGCUGGUCUUCGUUGUGAGGCAGGAAACCCAGACCAACCAAUUGGGACAGGUCAUCAGCCUCGCCAAACGAGUCAGCAUCCACCGCAGUCUUCCAGAACAGGCAGGGGUUGAUACGGAGAGGCCAGGGGAUGCGCCACAGUUACAGACUGUUCCGGUUGCCCCACCAGGCGCAGACUCGAUUUUGCCCAAGCCCUCACCUGUUUCGAUGGCCCAGCGCCACUUCGAGGACGUUUCGGUUGGUGAUAUUCUGCCACCUGUAGUUAAGGGGCCGAUGACUACGUCCCACCUGGUGCGCUGGGCGGCGGCCAACGGCAACUACGCUCGUAUUCACUGGGACCUUCCUUUCGCCCAGCUGGAACAAGGUUUGGCCAACGUGGUUGUCAACGGUUCGCUGAAGAACCAGUACCUGGGACAACUGAUGAUUGACUUUGCAGGCGAAAAGGUUGGUUCAAGCGUUUAUUUGUGCAACACCGGGGAAUGGAUUAUCCGGGCGAUGUUUUGA